AUGGACAAGGAACUUGAACAUCGCCACCUCGAAAAUGCAGAUAUUCUUGAACUCUUUUGUCUACAAGGUAACCUGGAACCAACAUUGGGAUGCGAUGGGCCGUCGUUGGCGGCAAUGCAUGAUUCCUCACCGCCCAAUCCGCCUAAGAUGCUUGAUUUACUCACUGAUCGAUGGAGCCACGUCGUCGGCGCCUAUGUUCGCCUGGAAGAUGAGACACAGCACCUACUUGUCAAUAACGCAUACAUGUAUCUCAAGGAAGAUCCAGCGUCCCGAUGGCCUCAAUUGCUUGCGCGUAGCAGUCGAAACUCUAGUCCAUCCUGGUCGUGUUGCGCCAAGUCCGAUAAAACUCACACGACCCAGCGCGAGCCCGCGUCCACCAGUACAUACCAUGACCCAGCCGAAGGAACGGAUAAUGGCCUGUCAACGCUUAAUUGCAGCAAGGAGGAGGUAGCUGCCACUGCCCCUCCUAUCCGGGAUAUACCUCCUAAAUCCCGAACCCACGGUAAUCAAAUUUCUGGUCGAGGUUCACUAACCUGCCCUCAUUGCAACUUACGGGCCAUUCGAACUAUUCGAUCACUCGUUACCCACGGAAGAAAUUGUUCCCAAACACCUAGUUCAGCGCGGGCGAAAACUGUCGUGAUCCCCCAUAGGACUUGCAUCUAUGAGUGUGGCUAUAGUCGCAACAACUACGCGAGACACGAGAAUCUCCAGCACUAUAGGUGCUCUUGCGGCAAGAUUACCACGAAGUCGCACAAGGACUGUCUACCCAUACGGUCUACACCGAUCGACCCUGUUAAAUAUUUUGUCUAUCCUCCUAUAGAAACUCCCAAGCCAACACCAGAUGAUAUACUCGAUACAGUAUUCAGCGGUCUGCCGCCAUUUCUUGCGCGAUUACUAGAACCCUUAGACGACCAUUCAUUGGCUUCGACGGUACGCAGGGCUCUCCAAAAAUGCCAAGGCUUGGUGGCUCCCAAGUAUAACGGGACCGAUCCUCCUGAAAUAAUAAUUACGGAUAAUGCAGGGGAGGCACGUCACCAACAUGUGUCCAAACUCAUGUCAAACACACUUCCCCAGUUUCAACUAGCGACGGAGAACGUAGUUCCAGACACGGCCGAGGUGGUUGAGUUCGCAAUGAACGGAAAUAUCGACGGUCUAAAAGACCUGUUUAGUAGAAAGCUAGCGUCUCCACGAGAUUGGGCGCUUUACGGUGGAAUGCACCAAUUUGAAACUGUCCAAUUUUUGAUCAAUCAUGGGGCGUACGUGGAUAAAGAUUCGUAUGAGCAUGUAUAUGAUUUUACAUUCCGCGGGAAAUGCAGCAAUAUGGAGCUGCUGGGGCUUGCAUGCGUCAGACUCAGCCAAGGAAACGACUGGAUUGAGGAGCAGAAGUUCCCCCUGAUCCACACGAUCAUCCUGGGCAUAUCCAACAGGCGGCUCGAGGCUGAGCUCAAGGCUAACCCAAGCGCCGUCCAUUUACGGGAUGCUCAGGGUCGCACCGCGCUCGACUGGGCCACAGCGCGGUCCCAGCUGGACGACAUGAAACUCCUGAUUAACCACGGCUCCGAUCCAAACAGUAUGGAUAUCCAGGGCCGUACCACUAUCCUGCACGCGGUCGACAGUCACAGCGACGAGGCCGUGCGCAUCAUCCUCGAGGCAGGCGCGGACCCUAAUCCAACGAUGCCAAAUGGAAAACUUCGCAGCAGCCCGCUUGCGUCAGCCAGCUUUGGCGGCCUAGCGGAGACGAUCACGCUGCUCCUCAAGCACGAGGCCAAAGUCAACGCAUGCAACCCAGAGGGUCGGACUGCGCUGCAUUGGGUAGCCCUCACGGACAACGUCGAAUGUGCAACCAUCCUUCUCGAAUCGAAGGCCGACCUAGACUCUCCGCUUAUGACAGCUAUAACCCACAACAGCCAUGCAGUUCUAGAACUUUUCGUCGGCCGGUGUACCACCUCCUAUCCCAUGAGAGAACCUCAAUUUCUGGACCAAAUAGCCAAACACGCGGACGUGAAGACGAUGUCAGUACUUGCGUCGUCUUUGCCACUGAAGAUGUCUUUAAACUUGAGCGAAAACAGCUUUGCCGCUUGCCAGGAGAACUUACGGCUGCGUGAAGACUAUAAUCAGGAGCUGGACUUCGCUUUCGAGCAACUGGUUUUCCCCAUCGUCAGGGUCGCUGUUUCCUAA